AUGACAAGACGAAAGGUUUACUCAAGCUUCGGUUUUGUAUCUAUUGCCACUGCAUACCUCGGCUUUCUCAAAACCACAUGCCAUGACACCUCACUCGUCGCUGGGAUCAUGAGGCAUGGGAUGGGACUCAACAGCGGACCGUUCAUCUCGCAUCUCAACCAGGCCCUCUUUUACACAUCGGAGGCGCUGAGAGCUGACCAAUUCGCUUCUCGUCACUACCACCGUACUACGACAUUACUAGAUAAGUGUGAAGAGGCCAUUGAAGCCAUGGUGCGCGUAGGGCACGUUAUCAUCAGAGGAGUCAACCCCGAGGCCUGCCACCCCGGUUUGCCUUUCCGCGAGGAGUUACUCAAGCACAACUUGACAUCCUACAUUGAAAAGAGAAUUCGCGAGCAGCCUGGUUUCUUCAACAUCUUUGACGAAUUACCCCUGUUCGCCGCACUCACCCCCAUGUCGCUCAACAGCGGCGAGAGCCCAGCUCCCGUGGCCAGGACCCUCGACGUUCUCCUCCAGCGCGGAGCGGAUCCAAACGUGUUACCUCAAGUUAGAGGCCUAUACCUCGAGGAGGCGGCAUUGCCUUGGGUACUUUUCGCUCGCGGUACCAUGUCUGUCUUCAAUAUGCUAGCCGGGCCCCUCAUGUUUCCGGCUCUGCGAUGGAACGAUUCUCUAAACAAUGCCCUCUUCGACCUUUUGAUGUCUUACGAUGCAGAUCCCAACCAAGCCCUCCUAGACCGGCCAGGAGCGCAUACAGUCUUCUCGCACUUCUUGGAAAUAUCUACGUCGCGGUUCCUAGGCGAGGACCUCGGUGUUCCGUAUAAUGGAACUGUUGAUCCGGAUGCUUUGGCUGCGUUUGGAAACCUUGCGAGAUCAAACCCAGAGGAAACAGUGCUAGCUUCUUAUUGUACCGAACUGAAGGGUCUCAUGUCGAAAUUGGCAGCUGGUCCAGGACGAGCUAAAUUCCUCGCAUCUGUAACUGAGAAGUUUGUGGUGCAUUGCUCUGGCGGGGAGGAAGACUUGGAAAGGCUGUCAUUGGCAAUAUUGGAGGGUCUUCCCCAGUAUGUUGCCGAGCCGUUGUUGCAGGUGGUUGAUAACAAGUUGGAGAUGGGCAAAAAAAGGGGAGACACGCGCAAGAGACGUCGAGGAAGUCGAGGUGAUUCGGCAUACGGCGGUGAUGUCAAGCAACUUAGGGGGGAGUGA